AUGAAGGAUUUCUCAGAUGUCAUCCUCUGCGUGGAGGCAACAGAAUCGAGCAAGACCGAGUUCUGCAAUCCUGCCUUCGAGCCUGAGUCUGGGCCACCCUGCCCUCCCCCAGUGUUCCCAGAGGAUGCCAGCUACAGUGUCCCAGCUCCCUGGCAUGGUCGGCGUCCUCGAGGGCUACGGCCAGACUGCCGCUUCUCCUGGCUCUGUGUCCUCCUGCUCUCCAGCCUGCUGCUCCUGCUGCUCGGGCUGCUGGUGGCCAUCAUCCUGGCCCAGCUGCAGGCUGCACCCCCAUCUGGGGCGUCCCAUAGCCCACUGCCUGCCGGAGGCCUUACCACGACAACCACCACCCCCACCAUCACCACCUCUCAGGCAGCUGGGACCCCUAAAGGGCAGCAGGAGUCAGGCAUGAGCCCCUCCCUGCAGUCCACCUGUGGAGGCCUCCUCUCUGGCCCGAGGGGCUUCUUCAGCAGCCCUAACUACCCAGACCCUUACCCCCCCAACGCCCACUGCGUGUGGCAUAUCCAGGUGGCCACAGACCAUGCAAUACAGCUCAAGAUUGAAGCCCUCAGCAUAGAGAGUGUGGCCUCUUGCCUUUUUGAUCGCUUGGAACUCUCCCCUGAGCCUGAAGGCCCCCUCCUCAGGGUUUGUGGAAGGGUGCCUCCCCCUACACUCAACACCAAUGCCAGCCACCUCCUGGUGGUCUUCGUCUCUGACAGCAGUGUGGAAGGAUUUGGUUUCCAUGCCUGGUACCAGGCUGUGGCCCCUGGGCAUGGGAGCUGUGCCCACGAUGAGUUCCACUGUGACCAGCUCAUCUGCCUGCUACCUGACUCAGUGUGUGAUGGUUUUGCCAACUGUGCUGAUGGCAGUGAUGAGACCAAUUGCAGUGCCAAGUUCUCAGGGUGUGGGGGGAAUCUGACUGGGCUCCAGGGCACUUUCUCUACUCCCAGCUACCUGCAGCAGUACCCUCACCAACAGCUCUGCACCUGGCAUAUCUCGGUGCCUGCCGGACACAGCAUAGAACUACAGUUCCACAACUUCAGCCUGGAGGCUCAGGACGAGUGCAAGUUUGACUACGUGGAGGUGUAUGAGACCAGCAGCUCAGGGGCCUUCAGCCUCCUGGGCAGGUUCUGUGGAGCAGAGCCACCCCCCCACCUCGUCUCCUCGCACCAUGAGCUGGCUGUGCUCUUUAGGACAGAUCAUGGCAUCAGCAGUGGAGGCUUCUCAGCCACCUACCUGGCCUUCAAUGCCACGGAGAACCCCUGUGGGCCCAGUGAGCUCUCCUGCCAGGCAGGAGGGUGUAAGGGUGUGCAGUGGAUGUGUGACAUGUGGAGAGACUGCACCGAUGGCAGCGAUGACAACUGCAGCAGCCCCUUGUUCCCACCCCCAGAGCUGGCCUGUGAGCCUGUCCGGGUGGAGAUGUGCCUCGGUCUGAGCUACAACACCACGGCCUUCCCUAACAUCUGGGUGGGCAUGACCACCCAGGAGGAGGUGGUAGAGGUCCUCAGCGGUUACAAGAGCCUGACAAGCCUGCCCUGCUACCAGAAUUUCCGGAGGCUCCUGUGUGGGCUGCUUGUGCCCCGUUGCACCCCACUAGGCAGUGUUCUGCCCCCUUGCCGCUCUGUCUGCCAGGAAGCGGAGCACCAGUGCCAGUCUGGCCUGGCACUACUGGGCACCCCCUGGCCCUUCAACUGCAACAGGCUGCCAGAGGCAGCUGGCCUGGAAGCUUGUGCCCAGCCCUGACCCUGAAGCCGGCCCCUGCCCUCUUCCUGCCCGUCCUCUUUUGCCGGUCAGGCCUGGCACUCAGGGGAACAAAGGAAGGGGCACCAGCAGGGUCUCUACCCAUCCUUCUCUGGGACACCCAGGGAGGGGGAAGAGAAGUCCUCAGCUGGGGCUCAUGGGACCCUACCACCCUCCCUGCUCCUUCCUGUCCCUUUACCGGUCCCAGGCUGCUGACUGGCCCCACCCUGUGGCACCGGACAAUCGAGACCGCUUCCCAUCCAGGCCUCUUCCCCUUUCCAUCUGCUUUUUCAGCUUCUACAUCGCCUGCCUUCUGACCUUUUCCUUGAUUCAACAAAAAUGUACCGAGCAUCUACUCAUGUGGCAGGUCCUGUCCUAGGCCCUAGGGAUCCAACUGGCUGUCUGCCUCUAGAACUCUCCACCCUCAUCUCUCUGCGUAUUUCUCCCUGAAAUGGAGUCUGGUCCUUGGUCUCUGCCACUGCCCCGCCUCUCCUCUGGCCCUGGGAACAGGAGGUGCCCUGUGUGUCCGUCUCUCGAAGUUCUGCCUCUCUGUGCGCUGCUCAAGUCUCUCUCCCCCUCCUUUCUCCGCCCAAACUUUGGCCGGCCGCCGGGCGACACCACGAGUUAUUUCCCAGCUAUUUCCCGGUCCGGGAGCUCUUGGCCCCUGAACAACUGGUUUCCUCUUGGAGUCUGGGAGGAGGAAAGCGGAGCCGGCAGGGAGCGAACCAGGACUGGGGUGACGGCAGGGCAGGGGGCGCCUGGCCGGGGAGAAGCGCGGGGGCUGGAGCACCACCAACUGGAGGGUCCGGAGUAGCGAGCGCCCCGAAGGAGGCCAUCGGGGAGCCGGGAGGGGGGACUGCGAGAGGACCCCGGCGUCCGGGCUCCCGGUGCCAGCGCUAUGAGGCCGCUCCUCGUCCUGCUGCUCCUGGGCCUGGCGGCCGGCUCGCCCCCACUGGACGACAACAAGAUCCCCAGCCUGUGCCCGGGGCACCCCGGCCUUCCAGGCACGCCGGGCCACCAUGGCAGCCAGGGCUUGCCGGGCCGCGAUGGCCGCGACGGCCGCGACGGCGCGCCCGGGGCUCCGGGAGAGAAAGGCGAGGGCGGGAGGCCGGGUAAGAAGGCACCGCCGCGGCUAUCGGUGGCGAUGUCCGAGCAGGCGCGGCCGCAGCUCCAGCUCUCGGUGCCCGGGACUCGGGGCUCCCGCCAGGGGGCGUCACUCCCCGCGCUUUGCAGCCCUGAGCCGGGGAGGGGCCCAGGCGGCGGGAGCCCCCUUGGCCAGCCCCCUAGAUCUGCCCUGCGGGAAGGGGUGGAGGAGGUACCCGUGCGGGAGAAGGCGCUGGCCGAAGCUCAGGCAGGGGCGGGGAGGGGUACGGUGACCUUAGAGUCGCCGCCCCGCUGCGGGCUAAGCCGCCGCUACUCUCACCCUGCCGCCCCACUUACCCCGCAGGACUGCCGGGACCUCGAGGGGAGCCCGGGCCGCGAGGAGAGGCGGGACCUGCGGGGCCCACCGGGCCUGCCGGGGAGUGCUCUGUGCCUCCGCGAUCCGCCUUCAGCGCCAAGCGCUCCGAGAGCCGGGUGCCUCCGCCGUCUGACGCACCCUUGCCCUUCGACCGCGUGCUGGUGAACGAGCAGGGACAUUACGACGCCGUCACCGGCAAGUUCACCUGCCAGGUGCCUGGGGUCUACUACUUCGCCGUCCAUGCCACCGUCUACCGGGCCAGCCUGCAGUUUGAUCUGGUGAAGAAUGGCGAAUCCAUUGCCUCUUUCUUCCAGUUUUUCGGGGGGUGGCCCAAGCCAGCCUCGCUCUCGGGAGGCGCCAUGGUGAGGCUGGAGCCUGAGGACCAAGUGUGGGUGCAGGUGGGUGUGGGUGACUACAUUGGCAUCUAUGCCAGCAUCAAGACAGACAGCACCUUCUCCGGAUUUCUGGUGUACUCUGACUGGCACAGCUCCCCAGUCUUCGCUUAGUGCCCACUGCAAAGUGAGCUCACGCUCACUCCUAGAAGGAGGGUGUGACGCUGACAACCAGGUCAUCCAGGAGGGCUGGCCCCCCUGGAAUAUUGUGAAUGACUAGGGAGGUGGGGUAGGGGGCCUCUCCGUCCUGCUGCUGGCAAGGAAUGGGGACAGUGGCUGUCUGCGAUCAGGUCUGGCAGCAUGGGGCAGUGGCUGGAUUUCUGCCCAAGACCAGACGAGUGUGCUGUGCUGGCAAGUGUGAGUCCUCCAGUUGCUCUGGUCCAGGAGCCCACGGUGGGGUGCUCUCUUCCUGGUCCUCUGCUUCUCUGGAUCCUCUCCACCCUCUCCUGCUCCUUGGGCCGGCCCUUUUCUCAGAGAUCACUCAAUAAAUCUAAGAACCCUC